AUGACCAAUACGAGACGUUCUAGCGGCGGCAACCGCACCACUGGCAAGCAGUCGACCUUAUCCUUCAAUCACAGGGUUACCAAGUCCGUGCCUAAACCCGCCAAGGACUUGGUCUCUCAACCAGUAAAGCAGAGUCCGCUGGGGAAGCAUAUCUCUUCCGCUCAACCGGAAUCUAAGGAGGAAGAGGAGGAGGAGAUCAAGGAUGAACUUGAAGACGAAGAGCCUUUGGUCAAACAGCCUCAUAUCCAACCCGAGAAGUCGGAAUCAGAACUACGCGCGACCAAGGUUACCGAUCGUCAAAUUGACCAGUAUUGGAGACAGCUAGAGCGCGAGCGUAUUGCUAAGAGGGUGCAUCAGGAGGGUCUAACGCUGGCGGAGAAAGUGCUACGAUAUUGGGAUGUCAGCUCCCAGUACGGACCUUAUAUCGGAAUUACUCGCAUGAAGCGGUGGAAGCGUGCUGAAAAGCUGGGUCUAAACCCGCCGCUGGAAGUCCUCGCUGUACUGCAGAAGGAGGAGUCUAAAGGCACCCUGGGCAUCGAGAAAGCGCACAUGGAUGAGAUUCUCAAUUCAACCACUGUCGCCGCAGUCUGA